GCUGGAUAAGUUUGAAAGCACUGAAUCACUCACACAGAACAGGAUACUAGGCCUCCUUCCACAAGGCGACCUCAACCGUACGCCUCUUACUGACCUCUAACCCCUCGGUUUACCUGCACAGCGCCAUCUGGCAGGCCACAAAGUGGACAACUGACCAUUCGGUAAACAAACAAGGACCUGUCUUUUCCGAUCGAAGACAUGGCGGAAUCGGAAGUCAGAAAUGUCGUGAUCGCAAUGGACGGAAGUGAUAUCGCGCUUCGUGCUUUUGAUUGGUACGUCAAAGAGAUUCACAGACGUCACGACCACGUGAUAUUUGUCCACUGCCCCGAGUACAGGGCAACACUACAGUCAGCAAUGGUGGAGUCUGAGCUUGCAUCCCUGUUGGCGGAGGAAGCUAAGCGAAUCAAGUCCAUGGUAGCUGAACUCGGGGAUAAGCUAAAGAAAGCCAAGAUUGGCGGGAAAGUGAAGUGCGUGUAUGGGACACCAGGGGAGGUAAUCGUGGAGGAGGAGAAGGCGGAUCUCAUCAUCACAGGGACUCGCGGGUUGGGGUCGAUACGGCGGACAUUUUUAGGCAGCGUCAGUGACUACGUCGUACAUCACAGUAACGUCCCCGUACUCAUCUGCCGUCACCAGGACUAGAGAAGACUUCAUUUCCUGGCGCAGUACCACACAUUAGCAUACUCAGUCCGCUUGGAAUAUGUGACGUUCAUUUGUGGCAUCCCAGGCUAAACUGCCGGGCUAAAGAAAGUAUACACUGAAAAUUGGAUUAAUCCACAAACUUUUCAAACGUUAUCAAAACGCUACUAGGCUGAAAACAGUCGCUGAAACACUACACACUUAAGGUCCAAAACAAACUACAAACCCGUAUUAACGACAUCAACAUCGAAUAACCAUUAUCGUUUAUUUCAUUUUUAGCCACCAUCAAGCAUGGGUGUACUUUCUUUUGCCCGGUAAUGUAUAUAAGCUGCCGCAGUGUUUAUACCCUCAUAACCUUUCUAAAACAUACACCAAUCCCCUCCUCCCUGUUAUCGCUGUAGGGGCCACGGGUGGCCCAACCGUCUAAGGCGACGCGAUUCGCUGUGCAGAGUUGCGUCCCUUGAGCACACCAGAAACCUAUGAUUGUGGGUUCGAAUCCCGGUUCGCCCCGAUUAUGUUU